AUGGACCAGCAACAGCAUAUUGACGCGCUCCUUGAGCGCUAUCUCGGCUUGCUAGACGAAUACACCCAGCUACGCAAGAGUCUAUCAGAGAUCCAGUCCAAUGUCUACCAGAACAUUGCACGAGCAAACUUUGCUGGCGAGCGAGGCAUGAGAUAUGGCCAGGAUCAUUACGAUGAGAGGAUGCAGGCAAUCCGCCUUCUUGACAUUGAGGUCGACGAGAAAGAGAUUCCGUCGUUUUCCAUCAUCGAUGCUCCUAUUGAAGAGCCAGAGAAGGAAGAGAAAGCCGCCACUGAGGGAAAAGAUGGGGAAUCGGAGGACAAGGCCGAAGAGGACAGCACCAAAGAGCCCACUCAAAAGAAGCCCAAGAAGAACAGGAAUCCAUUGCACUGGUACGGCAUAUUCGCACCCAUGCCGCUUCGCACAGCCCAGACGCAAUCUGUUCAGGCGGUAGAGAAGAUCAUCCCCAGGCUCGUCUCUGUCAAUGCUGAAAUGCUCAACGUCGAGAUUGAGGUGCGACGAGCUCGGAAGAGACGAGCCAAGGCGACAGCGAAGAAUGAGGGUGAAACCACAGCCAACACUCAGUCUCAGACGGCUCCGCUUGAGGCAUCUUAA